AAGAUAGACGUGACGUGGAAGCUUGUGGAGAUACAGAGAAGACAAGGCUCUGGCUCUGUGGUUCAUUAGUUUGUGCUGCAGCUGCGCUCUUUGGAUUUCCUGAUCUUUCUUAUUUGUACUGAGGCUUGAGUAGAUCGAUCUCACUUUCCUGGUUUGUCUGGGCUGAGAGUGAGUGCGCCGGAGAGCGAGAGCAAAAAGAGGGAGAAAAUCUGAGAGUCGGAGAGGAAGAUGGGAGGAUGUUGUCCACCGAUGGAUCUGAUGAGGUCGGAGCCGAUGCAGCUGAUUCAACUCAUCAUCCCUAUUGAGUCUUCUAACCUCACGGUCUCGUAUCUCGGGGACGUCGGACUGAUCCAGUUCAAAGAUCUCAAUGCAGAAAAGAGCCCUUUUCAACGAACUUAUGCAGCUCAGAUUAAAAAAUGUGGAGAGAUGGCCCGUAGACUACGGUUUUUCCAGGAUCAAAUGUUAAGGGCCGGUUUGAUACCUUCAACGAAGCCCUUGACACGAGCUGACAUUGAUUUGGAUGACCUAGAGAUAAAACUUGGAGAACUAGAGGCAGAGCUUGUUGAAAUAAAUGGAAAUGGAGAAAAAUUGCAACGUUCUUACAAUGAGCUUGUCGAAUAUAAACUUGUUUUGCAGAAGGCUGGAGAACUGUUUUCUUCAGCUCUUAGCAGUGCCGCAGCUCAGCAGAGGGAUAUUGCAUCACGUCAAAUGCCUGAAGAAUCCCUCGACUCUCCUUUACUGCUUGAUCAAGAAAUGUCAAUUGAUCCAUCAAAGCCAGUAAAUUUGGGGUUUAUUGCUGGCCUUGUCCCGAGAGAAAAGUUUAUGGCAUUUGAAAGGAUCUUGUUUCGUGCUACCCGGGGUAAUGUGUUCCUAAAGCAGGUGGUUCUUGAGGAGCCGGUCAUUGAUCCCGCUUCUGGAGAGAAGGUGGAGAAAAAUGCAUUUCUGAUUUUCUUUUCUGGGGAAAAGUCAAAGAGCAAAAUUUUGAAAAUUUGUGAAGCCUUUGGAGCUAACCGCUAUCCGUUUAGUGAGGACCUGGGCAAACAAGUUCAAAUGAUUACAGAGGUUUCAGAGAGACUAUCUGAGAUGAAGACUACAAUUGAUGCCGGACUGGCUCAUCGGGCAAAUUUGUUGCAGAGUAUUGGAGAUCAAUUUGAGCAAUGGAACUUUUUGGUGAAGAAGGAGAAAUCCAUAUAUCAUACUCUGAACAUGCUUAGCCUUGACGUGACAAAAAAGUGUCUUGUGGCUGAGGGGUGGAGUCCCGUUUUUGCUUCAAAGCAUAUUCAGGAAGCAUUGCAGCGCGCUUCAAUUGACUCCAACUCACAAGUUGGAUCAAUUUUCCAGGUUUUGCAUACGAAGGAGCUACCACCAACUUAUUUCCGCACAAACAAAUUUACUACUGCUUUUCAGGAAAUUGUUGAUGCUUAUGGGGUGGCCAAGUAUCAAGAAGCGAAUCCAGGUGUAUUCACUAUUGUUACAUUUCCCUUUCUGUUUGCUGUCAUGUUUGGGGAUUGGGGCCAUGGAAUAUGCUUGCUGCUUGGAACAUUAUUCCUUUUAUUUCGAGAAAAGAAACUCUCCAGCCAGAAGCUUGGCGACAUCAUGGAAAUGACCUUUGGGGGGCGCUAUACUAUUUUUAUGAUGUCAAUCUUCUCUAUUUACACCGGUUUGAUCUAUAAUGAGUUCUUUUCAGUCCCAUUCGAGCUAUUUGGUCCAUCUGCCUAUGCAUGUCGUGACCUUUCUUGCAGGGAUGCUACUACAGUUGGUUUGAUAAAGGUGCGGGACACCUACCCAUUUGGUUUGGACCCUGCAUGGCAUGGUAGUCGCAGUGAGCUGCCAUUCCUCAACUCCUUGAAGAUGAAAAUGUCAAUUCUUCUUGGUGUUGCCCAGAUGAAUCUUGGAAUCAUAUUAAGUUUUUUCAAUGCAAUAUUUUUCAGGAAUAGCCUGAACGUCUGGUUUCAGUUCAUCCCUCAGAUGAUCUUCUUAAACAGCCUUUUUGGUUAUUUAUCACUCCUCAUCAUUGUGAAGUGGAUCACUGGUUCCCAAGCUGACUUGUAUCAUGUAAUGAUAUACAUGUUCCUGAGUCCCACUGAUGAUUUAGGGGAAAACCAGCUUUUCCCUGGGCAGAAGAUGGCUCAGCUUGUGCUUCUGUUACUGGCUUUUGUCUCCGUUCCAUGGAUGCUGCUUCCAAAGCCUUUUCUUUUGAAGAGGCAACACCAAAAUAGGCACCAAGGUCAGACGUAUACACCACUUCAGAGCACUGAGGAGUCUCUUCAAGUGGAAGCUAAUCAUGGCUCUCAUGAUCAUGAGGAAUUUGAGUUCGGUGAAGUUUUUGUACAUCAGCUCAUACACACAAUUGAGUUUGUCCUUGGAGCAAUCUCGAAUACGGCUUCAUACCUUCGUUUAUGGGCCCUCAGCCUUGCCCAUUCAGAGUUGUCAACCGUGUUCUAUGAGAAGGUCCUCCUCCUCGCUUGGGGGUACAACAAUGUGAUUAUCCUUAUUGUUGGCAUCAUUGUAUUUAUUUUUGCAACGGUCGGUGUGUUGCUGGUUAUGGAGACUCUUAGUGCUUUCCUGCACGCACUGCGUCUCCAUUGGGUGGAAUUCAUGAAUAAGUUCUACGAGGGAGAUGGUUACAAGUUCCAUCCGUUUUCAUUUUCAUUACUUGACGAAGAUGAAUGAAGAUUCAAUUGUAUGGUGUGCUUCAGUUCGCGGAGGUUAGUGUGCACAGGUACUAAUGAACGAUAAUUUUUUCAUUUGGACAUGAAUGGAAUUUGUUUGGGAUAUAUCUUGAAUGGCUGUUUUGAGGAAUCUUUCUUCAGGCGUAGCACUGCUCCACCUCCGUUCCAGUUAUUUAAUUGUUGUGGGAAGGAAUAAAUUUCCGUCUGGCCAAUGGCUUGUAUGAGUUAAACGGUUAUGGCCUUUUGUAAUAAUAUGAGUAUAUGAAUAGUUAAUUUAUUCAGCUUUCUAUUUAUACAUAGUAACAAGGUAUGUGUAAUGUAUUUGAUUGUCAGUGACUGCAGUAUUGCUGUGGUUCCGAUGAUCUCCUUUGAAACUAUUUUGUUUUGUGU